UUUAGAAAUGAAAAAGCUUGAUGCUGAGAGAAUGGCUAUCAAACUAGACCGUGACCAAAGGGAGAGGGACUGGGCUGAUCUAAAUAAUUCUAUACAGGAGCUUGACUUGCAAAGGCAGAAACUGCGAGAACAGAGGGAAUUGUUGCAUGCUGAUAGAAAAAGGAUUAAUGCUGAGACUGAAGAACUGAGAAAAUUGGGGGAUUUAAAAGCUGCAUUAGACGAUUUGAUUGCGGCUCAAGUGCAGCAUUCGACCCUUCAGAGUAGCCAGAAAAAGAUCUCUGCCCAAAGGAAUUUGACAGAACCAGCUGGAGCUUCUCCAAAUUUUACUGUUACUGACAAUGGCAAUGGCAUUAGCUCUCCAAUGCCACAGCCAGGUGGAUCUUCUCCCCUUAGCAGUGCUCGUUUCUCAUGGAUCAGACGAUGCAGCGAAUUGAUAUUCAAACAUUCCACUGAAAAGAACCAGAUUCAGCAUGAAGAAAGGCCUUGGUCAUCUGAUGUUGAAAAUGCAGGCUUGACCAUGGCUAGAAAGUUAGAUUCAUCGGAUGGAUCUGUUGGGAACAAGUACGAUGGAAAUGGGAGGCAGACUAUUAGCUCUAAUGGAGAACCAAAAGUAAUGGAGGAAAUGGCCUGUGAAGGUGAGGUGGUGAAAGGAAUGCAAGAUUUGGAAUCUGAAAUCAAGGAAAAUUACCCCAAAAAGUCAUACAUAGUUUCUGAAGAAGGGCUCCAGGCAACAAGGAAAAGAAGAGCUGAUCACCUUCCUUAUGAACUGGUUGAUCCAUCACUACAAGAUAGGUUGGACACUAGCAAGAAAAGGAAGCAAGAGAAAGAUUCCCUGUUAAAUUCAUCAGAAGUGCCAUCUGAAAAGACUGACGGUGAUGGCUUCUCUGAUCUAGAAAAUAUAGAACAAUUGCAGGAAUUUGUUGGGGAAGAAUUGCAGGAGAUUUCUUGUGCUGGAGGAACAUAUGGUCAAGCAAAUGCUAUACAGGGGGUGAAUGAUGAAUCUGGGGAACUUGAAAUGGUGCAAGGAGCAGCACAUUUCCAAAAUGUUUUUCAAGUUUCUGAGCACAGUAAGUCACUGGAAGCCACAAUCACAACCACAACAGAAAGAAUUGCAAUGGAACUCGAAGAAGAUGUUGCUGCUAAGCAAGAUGUCAUUGAGAAAAUUGGAGGAAGGAGAAGAUCAAAACCGAAGUUGUAAUAAUAUUCCUUCUUUUCUGCUGUUGUACUUAAUUCACUGCCAUUUUGUAUGGGUUGCUCUAAGGUACUUUUUCUCCCUGAGCAUAAUCUUGUGUGAAUUAUGGAUUAUGACAGACCUGAUUGUGAAAUAUUCUUCAACCCACUUCUUUCUGGUGUCUUGCAGUUGCAGGAUACUGAAUGUUACUAAUAUUUGCUUGGGAUGGGAGGGUUCAGCUCCCCUUGGAGUUGCCCUUAGGUGGGUGGGUCAGCUAACACAGGCAUGGUUUGGAACCUGUAUAUGCUUGUCCAUACCAUUUAUUUGUUUUUUAUUCGUGCUAUGCAUAUAGAUGGGUUGUGUCUUUAGCUUGGUAGGAUGAUUUGAUGGCUUGUAGGAGAGAUGUAACUUGUGGUUUAUGGCUAAUAUGGUAAAAGAAAACGUGUAGUGUUUCUCUAUGUAACUGAGGCAUGACUAAUUUGAAGGCGUCGGGACUGAUCUAGAUCAGUUGAUAUUUCUGAACAAGGAUGUGUUCAUAAUUUGAGUUCAUAUCUUUGUACCUCCUGGGAAGUUGGGAAUUGAAUCUUUUGCGGUCUUGGUAGAGCUAGAGACGAUGAAUUCAACCCUGAAAAUUAAAGUAAUGCCUUUUAG